CAAUAAUAACAUAAUGGCACAAAUAAUUGAAGAAAAUAUUUCUGUAAAUAAAUUUAAAACCAAAAAAGAAUAUCAAGCGCACAUAACAUCCUUGAAAAAACAAGCAAAAAAUAAUAAAAAAAAUAAAAAAGAUAUUCUACUUGAAAUUGCUAAAUUAGAAGAACAAUUUAGUGAUUUUUUUUGUGACGAGAAAGCUAGCUCUUCAGAAAAUGAGGUGGCUGAUAUGCCUCAGACCCAAGUUCAAAAUCAGAAAAUAUCAAGAGCACAGAAGCGUCGAGAUAAAAAAUCUUUGGGUGAGAAGGAACGCCUGCAAAGAAUUGAAGACCAAGAAGAGUUAAACAAGCAUGGUGCUAGACAUAAAGAACUCGAAGCUCUAAAAUCAAUAUUAAAAUCUCGAAAUUUAAGCAUUUAUGAGGUUCCUUCUGAUGGUGAUUGUUUAUAUAAAGCUGUAGAGCAUCAAUUGAAACUCCAUAAUAAGCCUCCCAUUUCUACAAGCGAGUUACGAAAACUUACCAGUGAUUAUAUAAGACGUAACAUGACUGAAUUUUUGCCAUUUAUGACUAAUGCAGAAGGUGAAUCUCUCAAUGAAACAGAGUUCGAAGAUUAUUGUUCAAAAAUUGAAAAUACUAAUACUUGGGGUGGUCAAAUUGAACUUAAAGCACUUUCAAACAUUUUAAAAACUUCUAUCGAAAUCCUACAAGCCGAUGGUCCUCCAACAAUUCAAGGAGAAGAAUUUAAUACAGAACCACUUAUUUUAACAUAUCACCGCUAUAUACUAGAACUUGGAGAACAUUAUAAUUCUACUCAAGCGACCUGUGAUUCUGCUUCAGAAACUAGUGAAUAACAAUCCUGAAAACUGCAUAAUGUGACUUCAAAUACUAUUCAUCUAUCAACA